AACUGCAAGCCAAGAAAACCUGCAGCAACUUCUGAAAGUGCAGAGAAUGGACGCUGGGAUGGACCUGCUCCACAGCUCAGGGGUAGAACUGGUGCAGUAUCUACAGUUGAAUUACAAGGACUCCCAGAGCUGGUUCACUUUUAUCUCUUUUGCUGCUGACCUGAGAAACACUUUCUUUGUUUUCUUUCCCAUCUGGUUCCACCUUUGUGAAGCAGUGGGUGUCAAACUCAUCUGGGUGGCAGUCAUUGGAGACUGGCUCAACCUCAUCUUUAAAUGGUUCUUAUUUGGGCAGAGACCUUACUGGUGGGUCCAUGAGACUCAGUUUUAUGCUAAUUCCUCUCUUCCCUUGGUGCAGCAGUUUCCCAUCACUUGUGAAACAGGACCAGGAAGUCCAUCUGGUCAUGCAAUGGGUUCAUCUGGUGUCUGGUAUGUGAUGGUCACAGCAUUCCUGACAAUUGGAUUCCAAAAAAAGCAGCCCUGCUUCCAAAAAUGGUGUCUCCAUGUACUGCUUUGGACAGUGUUCUGGCUGAUUCAAGUCUGUGUCUGUGCAUCCAGAGUGUUUCUGGCUGCUCACUUCCCACAUCAGGUCAUCUUUGGGGUUAUUUCAGGAUUGGCUGUGGCCGAAGUGUUUGGUCGGAUUAAUGCAAUCUACAACGUAACCUUCAAGCAGUAUCUGAAGAUCACCCUCUCCCUGUUUUCCUUCGCUCUGGGCUUUUAUCUGCUGUUGAAAUUGGUGGGAGUGGAUCUGCUGUGGUCCGUGGAGAAAGCCCAGAGAUGGUGCGUUCGAGCAGAAUGGGUCCACAUUGACAGCACUCCCUUCGCUGGUCUGGUCAGGAACAUGGGAGCCCUGUUUGGAUUGGGAUUAGCUCUCAACUCCCCCAUGUAUGCAGAAAGCUGCAAAGGAAAGAGAAGCCAGCAGUUCAACUUCAGACUAAGUUGCAUUGUGACGUCCUUGAUCAUCCUGCACCUGUUUGACUCCAUGAAGCCCCCGACACAGAGAGAAUUCCUCUUUUACUUACUGUCUUUCUGUAAAAGUGCUGCAGUGCCUCUGGUAGCCGUGGCAUUUGUACCGUACUGUAUCUCUCAAAUUAUAAACCGCGAGGGAAAGAAGCUCCUAUAGAUCUCGGAAGUUACAAAACUUGGAAAUAUCUUUAUGAUCUUCCCAGCACUGUUGAGUGUUUAAAAAUAAAACACAGGAAAUACUGGAACUGAACAGCAGCUCUUUCAACAUCUUAAAAGAGAAAAGAGAGAGUAACAGGAAGAGAUGCGUGAGACAGAGUGAAAACCCAAACAGAGAGAAGCAGACAGACAGAGAUUCAGUUCAAUGAAAUGUUAAACACAAUUCUCUUUUCUGAUGCUGAUGAACUGUCUGGUUUUCCUGCUUAUUUUUCUGUGUUGUCUCUGUUUUUUAUUUCAGAUUUUUGGGACAUUUGUACUUUUUUUAUUAGUUUCUAGAUAUUAUUUUGAAUUGAGUUUCAACAUUUUAGUGUGCAAAAAGAUGUAAAAAUAUGCAGAGAAAUUAUGAUUUCUUAACGAUUAACUGUCUAGUUACCUUGUUCCUUCAUGUGGCAGAACAAACUGUGGGCCUAUUUUAGAACAAUAGACAGUCUUGGCUGCUGAGUCACAGUAUGAGCUAGCUAUGCUCUUAAAACAGCAACUUGAAAAGGUGAGGGCAUAGGGUUAAGUAAUGUGCUUUUUAGCAAUAAUAUGGUGACUCAGGUGCACACAUCAUGCACCUGAGUGUGAUAAGUGGAGAAAGCUGGCACACACACAGCAGCAAAGAAAGGUGUGAGAGUCUGUUGCUCACUCAGCUUGGUCUCAUUUAGCAUAGGAAGAACAAUCUGGAGUUGACCAAGAGAGUAAGGAAUAGUAAAUGGGGAAUCAAAUUAAAAACAGAAUACUCUAAUCCUUUGGAUACAAUUAUCAACCCUUAGGAUUGGAGACAUAACAUUUGUAAAUAUGUUUCCUGUUGGUAAUGAUGCAUACUCAUGCUUUUGAAUUAUCUUUGUUUUGUAUUCUUUCCUGGAUGUGGGUGUCAUUGGCUAAGCCUGCAUUUAUUGCCCAUCCCUAAUUGCC